UUCAGCUUGAAUCUUCAAGUAGUUCAUCUCAAUCCAUUGAACAAUCGAUUUACAAUCCAAUCAACAGAAUGAAUUUCACAAAGCUUUUUGUGGUUUUCGCCGUUGUUCUCAUCGCCUUCUCCGGUCAAAGCGAAGCUGGUUGGUGGAAGAGAGUUUUCAAGCCAGUGGAACGACUAGGUCAACGAGUUCGCGAUGCCGGUAUUCAAGGACUCGAAAUUGCACAACAAGGAGCCAAUGUUCUGGCAACAGUUCGAGGUGGACCACCACAACAAGGAUAA